AUGGCGGACCAGAACAGCACACACAACGCCAUCAGUGCGUACUUCAUUGGUCCCAAGGCCGAAAACCUUGACAACUUCCGCGGGAAUGUGAAGAUCAUCCUUGAUGAGUUGGAGCAUGCCAGGAAGAGAUAUGCGGCGAACAAUGAAGACCCGGACUUCAUUUCGGACCAGGCGAAGGAGUCGCCUGAGUAUGCGUAUGUGUCGGCAAAAUUCCAGAAGGCGGUGCGUAACACGGCCAAGCUGCUGGGAAAGCACUCGGUGCCGUUCUGGUCACCCCGCUACCAAGCCCACAUGUGCACGGACAUGACGAUGCCUGCAUUGCUCGGGUAUUUCAUGACGAUGAUUUACAACCCGAAUAAUGUCGCACUUGAAGCAAGCCCUAUCAGCACCAUUGCAGAGGUGGAGGUGGGCGAGCAGCUGUGCGAGCUGUUCGGGUACAACAACGAUCCCAACAAACGCGAGCCGGUUGGCUGGGGACACAUUACCUGCGAUGGCACUGUAGCCAAUCUCGAGUCUAUCUGGGUUGCACGGAACCUCAAGUUCUACCCGUUCUCACUGAAGUGGGCCAUGGAGGAGAAUGGACCUCUGAGCUUCAUCCCUGAAGACUUCAGCGUCCGUACGUGUCAAAACGUACUCAAACCGUUCAGGGCGCUCGACAACUGGGAGCUGCUCAACCUGCGUCCCAAAACCAUCCUCGACAUCCCCGAGCAGCUGCGCACCCGCUACAAAAUCUCCCCGACCUUCCUCCAAAAGGCUCUCGACGAGUACAACAUCCAAACCUGCGGCAAGCACGAGCUGCAGAAGCACUUCAACAUCGACCAAGCCCCGACCAUCAUGGUCUCAUCCACACGCCACUACUCCUGGCCCAAAGGCGGAGCCAUCGCCGGCAUCGGCUCCGGCAACAUCAUUGGCAUCAAAGUCGACAACGCGGCGCGCGUCGACCUGACGGACCUCGAGGCGAAGCUGAACGAGCACCUGCGCGACUCCCGCGCCGUGUACGCCGUCGUGGCCGUCAUCGGGUCGACCGAAGAAGGCGCCGUCGACCCGCUGCAGAAGAUCCUCGAGCUGCGGCAGAAAUUCCAGGCGAAGGGCCUGUCGUUCCUCGUGCAUGCUGACGCGGCGUGGGGAGGGUAUUUUACGACGAUGUUGCGGAAGGCGAAGAGGGAGUUUAUGCCUGCGGGGUUGAAGAAGAAGGAGAAGGCUGCCAGUAGCGAUGGUACUUCUGAGAGGUUUGCUCGCCUGGCUGUCGCGGAGGAGGAGGACGAUGAUGAAGGGUCUGAUGGUGGCUCAGACGCGGAUGCGGCGUCGGAUAUCUCGGUUGUGCAUCCGGGUCGUGAGCCUGGGUCUGACGGGUUUGUGCCGGGGUUGAGUUUGCGCGUUGAGACGCAGAGAGAUCUCGCGGCGCUGCGAUAUUGCGAUUCAGUUACUGUUGAUCCGCAUAAGGCCGGGUAUAUUCCGUAUCCGGCGGGCGCCCUUGCGUAUCGCGAUGGACGCUCGAGGCACCUGGUUACGUGGACCAGCCCAUACUUGUCGAGGGGUUCGGUGACGAGUAUUGGUAUUUAUGGCGUUGAGGGGAGUAAGCCUGGCGCGUCUGCUGUCUCGACUUGGCUCUCGAACAAAUGCAUCGGACUCCACGAAAAGGGCUACGGUGCUCUGAUGAGUGAAGUUUGCUUCACUUCGUCAAUGUUCUCGGCUCUGUGGGCUGCAAUGACUCCCGAUAAGGAGCAUGGCUUCAUGUGUAUCCCUUUCAACAUGCUCCCCUCGGAAUCCGCCGGUGGAAGCGGCGUGGACGCCGAGAAGAAGAGAAUCCGCAGCGAAAUCCUGGAAAAGGAAAACACAGAGAUCGUGAAGGACGAGUCGGCAAUGAAGCUCCUGCGCUCGCUCGGAUCCGACCUGAACAUCAACGCCUUCGCCUUGAACUGGUACGAUGAGAAGGGCAACCCUAAUGAAGACGUUGAAGAGGCGAACUACCUUAUGGAGCGUGUCGUGAAGAGGCUCUCUAUCGAAACUCCGGACGAUAAGCCUACGAAGAUACCCUUCUACCUCACCUCCACCGAGUUCGAGCACGAGCUUUACGGUGACUGCGCUGCUAACUACAAGCGCCGACUUGGGUUGGACGCCUCGACCCAGCAGCCAGUAAUGGUGCUGAGGAACGUUGUUAUGAGUCCGUUCCCAACUACCCGAGGAUUCCUCAAGACCGUCGAGAAGACCUUCAUCGACGUCGUGAAGGAGGAAGUCGAGGUCUGCCGCAAGCGCAACAACGACGCGCCGGACUACCACAGCUUCCUCAUCCACGGCGACAAGCGCAUCUACCUCUCCUACCGCACCAUGUUCCACAUCGGCAGCCACCGCCGCCAGCUCAUCGUCGCCGCCGAGCUGGACGAGCACGGCCUGCAGGUCUACCGCGACUGCAAGACGGCGACCGAAGACCCGCUCAUCCUCAAGACGGCCACCAAGAUCGACCUGACCCGCGUCGUUGCCAACCGUGGCUCCUUCACCGCAAACCUCACCACCGCAUCCCACGGCAUCCUCCACCCCGACAUCACCGUCCGCAUCACCGCCGUCCUCAUCAACCGCUCCCUCGACUCCGCGUCCCGCGACGAUGCCUAUCCCUCCGGCCUCAUGCCGUUCUACCUCUACGGCACGCCCGACGAGCUGCACGUCGACCACAUGCUCGUGCGGCACGACGACAAGGGCCACAACAUCGCGCUGAGCGCCGGCAACAUCACUCUCGACGGCGUCGAUCCCGAAGCUUUGCGUAACGAACUGCGUGACGGCGAACGCGCCGUCGUAGCGACGUUCGUCGGCACGCACGAGGCGGCGAUGCAGCCGUUCCCGGAUACCGACGCGGAGGUGCGGGAUGACCCGAGCUUCUUCUUCCGGGAGGGGGCGCGGUUUGAGCGGGUGGAGUUGUGGCGGGAUCCGUACGGGCCGGAGGUGAGGACGCGGGGGUUGUUGAGGGAGUUGGGGAGGAAUGAGGGGUUAAGGUUUGCGGCGGGGGCGACGGUGACGCUGGCGGCGGAGGAUGUGGUGGCGGAUGUGGAGAAGUUGAAUCGCGAUCCGUGGGCGACGCCGAAGAGUGUGAAGGUGACGAAGUGGCGCGAGAAAUUUUCGAGGAUUGGGAGGGAUAAGAAGAGGUAG